AUGGCAUCUAAUGGAGUAAGUAGAUCCCAGGAUGCCGGGCUAGAGCUUAGUAGAAAGGGAACAGAGCCCGCUUCGUCUCUCCUCGCCGCUCAACUGGCACCGCGUCUCUCAUCGCAGAGGGAACUGGCCCGACCUUUGGACCGCGAGACUUUCUCUCAGCUCCGGCAGGAACUUCUAGGAGAUCGCUAUAGCCAGUUAUAUCUUGAUGAUAGUGUCACAGAUAUCAACAAGUUGAUUUGCAUCGUCUUGAAAGCCGGCCUAGAACCGACUUGUCGUGAGGAUGGCUAUUGUGAUGAAACGUUGAAAGGGCAAGUGUUUGACUGCCUUGAUAUCAUUCACGCAGCUGUCGAAAAAGCACCUCAAUGCGUGUAUAAUAUCUCCGACCCUGAGGUUCUGGGCAAGCCUGUACUUGCACCGUUGUUUACCUGGCUAGUUGUACGAUUAGUCCACCUGUCUAGCAUUUGGGGUUGUGAGGAUAUCAGCGAGAAAGCCACCAAGAUUAUCUCAACGAUUGCUUUCUUCCAGAAAAAUCCGCGAUCAUGGCCAUCCUGCAACUCUAUCCUCUCAUUCCUACGCUCCUUCAUAAUGGAUAUCUUGUUGUCCCUGGAGACAUCCAGUGCUUGGAGUCUUCAAAACCCGGCUAUUUCCAAUUUAUCUAUUCCAGCACAAGAAGGAAAUCUUUUACUAGAUCUGCAAAGGCUGAAGAUCCCUCGAGGCGUCAUUGGGGAUAAAAUGUCUAUGGGAAACUUCCCUCGGCUUCUCGGUUCUAUUCUUUGGCUUCUAGGUUCAAUGAUCUUCAACUCGGAACCGGAAAGCUUAUUGAAGAACCCUUUCUCCGAUGCAUGCCAGAAAAAUUCAUGGAUGCUAAAUGCCUACCAGCGACUAUGGAAACUGAUUCUGGAGUGGCUGCAAACUACCGGCCCAUCGACCUUCGAUAUACAAGCUAAGGCCGCAAUACGAUUUCUAGCCUUCUUUCGUCAGAAUUGUGGUCCUGAGAUGUCAGACUCAGAAUUGGCCUUACAGUGUGGGGGGUUGAUACGCUUGUGGCUCCGAAGCCUUGCAGAUUUAUGUGCACUACGCACACUCGGCCAAAUGCCAAUGCUUCAGUCCGAACUCGCUCAACACAUGGACUAUAUCUGUGAAAAUAUGCUACGUUUACCCCUACCUGUUCAAUAUAUUCAAGGCACUAUUUUGCAGCCACUCCAAAGAUUGAAAACUGAAACUGCCAAUUUUCAACCUUUUGUAUCCAGUUUACAGAUAGCGGUCGAACACCUGGAAAGUGCUAUACAAGCCGAUCAUGGGUCGGACCAAGAAAUGCGGGCUUUGUAUAGAUCGAAAAGAACGAGCCUGAGGUCCCUGUUAAACACUGAAAGAGUCGGCUCUGCAGGUGAGACUGCAGGCUCGGAAUCUCAAGCGAGAAAACGUCGAUGCCUACCCAAGCCGCAUCUAGGACCAGGAAAUCCCAAGAUACAGCUGCUACUGCAGCAGGUCCUAGAUUCAACAAAUGCCGAGUUCAAGACCAUUUUUUCUGAGAGCUUGGAAAACCUGAGCGAGGAAUUAUCUGUCUCCUUCGGGGAGCUUUCUGAAGAGAAUAAAUUUGAGGUCUUGAGAAGUUUGGGUCAAGUUCCAUGUGCUCUGUCUCAGACCUUACUCAGUGUUCCAUUCAUCAAGUUCUCUGAAAAGGAAGUCUUCAUGUGCGAGAUAUGUGAUUCCGAAAAGAGCGAAAACAAGCAGGAAGCUCAUGAGCAGAACUCUAGUUUUGGUGAGCUGCUGAAAAUUGUCGAAGAUAUCAUUCCCAAGCUGUCAAGGUCCCCAAAGCUGAGGAUAGCCACAAUGAGCGCUUUGAGGAGACUUUUAACUCACGACCCAAAUCCUAAUGAGGCACAUCUCGCUUCAUCAGUAUUUGGCGAAUUCUGCCUCCAUUCUUUACGUAGCUCUAUCAGAGAGCUUCGGAUAGUCACUGGGUUUUGUAUAAUUGCUUUUGUCGGUAAGAGUAUAGAUCGUGAGGUACGGCGGAGUAAUUUCGUCGUUGCUCUGGAAUGGCUAAAAAACCUAUCCGAGAGAAACGAAACUUCAUUGCAAGAAACAUGCAUCCUAACCCUUUGCUUACUUGCAAAGUUUUCUGAUGAGGAGGAAUUGAACAUCAUACUUCUGCGCUUACUAGAAUUCCUAGGGCAUCCGAAUCCAUAUAUCUGCGCCAUCACCCAUACAGAGCUCUCUAAACUUGCACAAUGUCUCUCGGUCACACCAGCGGGCUUAUUCCGGCCUUUUUGGCGGACACUUUCUAUCACAGUCGUUAAACACCUUCAGUCCCGGCCAGUGAUGGCAGAGCAGCUUUGUGAUUUACUUGGAAUGAAGGUCGAAGAUUUCCUUCGAUUAACUGAAGUCCACGUGCUACCCUACCUAGUUCUGAGCCGUAAACGGGACAUUAUAUCGAAACUUGGGGCUAGCUACACAAACGCCAAAACACCAUUCGAUCUAUGCUCAGAACAGAAUAAUCUUGCCUCCAUACUUGCUUUCCUAUUGAUACAACCUUCGACGAAUCCUGAAGCUAUGACGAUGACACUUCUGACAGAGAUUGAUGCCGCCUUCAGGGGCCGUAGUCUCGCGGAGUUAGUAAGAAUUGAACCAAUUCUGAUCUCUUGCGACCUUCUCAAAGGCCUCGGCGAUGCAGGAGGAGACAAAGGAGAAAGGUUCUAUCAGGCGCUACGUCUUCUGGCAGACUUGGUCCCUCGAAAAUCAACUCAUGGGAACAAGGAUUCAAAAAAGUCAAAUCUACUAGGUCAAUUCAUUGAAGAGCAUGUCCUCGGAAUAAUUACGCAAUUUGCCAAUGCAAUCAACGAUUUCCAAAUAAGACAACCCUUGCUUGAGAAGAAGCGGAAUAUCAUUGCAAUCGGAGAAAUGAUUAAGGUCGCUAAAGGCCAUGUUAGCAGUGCAUUACCGCAGAUUUGCGCCUGUCUAAGGUCUGCUCUGGGAAUUCAAGAACUUUCCGAUUACGCAUUCAAAACUUGGGGGAUCCUUAUUCAUUCCCUUCAAGAUGAAGAACUUGAACCUUUGAUUGACCAAACUUUGACCAUUGUGAUUCGGUACUGGGAGUGCUUCAGUACACCCACUCGAACCUACGCACACGAGCUCCUAGGAUACAUAUUAGAGAACCACGGUGAACUUGUGAAGGACAUAUUCAAUACAAUGCCUUCGUUAGCGUCCAUUCCAGCUCUAGACAAGUUUGAGGUCAGAUUAAGGCAGUUGAAGGGAAGUAUGGAUGUGAGAAGUCAAUUCCUUGCGUUUAUUCGGCGUUGUCAAAACGAAAAUUUCACUGUUGUCGAGCAAGCAUUGACUGAGCUUGUACCUUACAUCCUUGAGCAUGAAGAAUUCCUUCACGACUCAGUUCUCAGUGAGCAGCCAGACCCGGUUGUUGCACAACUGACGCGAGCAUUACUGGACUGUUGUGUGAAGUAUAACACUACUUCUGAUGUCAUCACCCUGUUGUCUGCUCGUUGUCUGGGUCUGAUUGGCUGCUUAGACCCAAAUCGAGUUGAUACAGUCAGAGAAAAGAAGGACAUCUUGGUUCUAUCUAAUUUUGAAAGGAUAGAGGAGACGGUUGAAUUCGUCCUAUUUUUUCUUCAGCACGUGCUCGUUGAAGCCUUUUUGUCGGCCUCUGACACCAGGGCUCAAGGGUUUCUUGCAUAUGCCAUGCAAAACUUACUCAAAGCUUGCAAUCUGAACACAACAGUCUCUUCACGCUCGCGAGACAUCUCGACGAACGAAAAAUAUCGGCGAUGGCUGGAACUUCCCGAAUCUGUGAGGAACACCUUAAUGCCUUUCCUCACAUCCAAGUACACAGUGACAAUUGGCGCUGUUCACUCUAGCUGUUCAUAUCCACUGUUUACUACAAAUCUUACUCAUAGUGAGUGGCUUCGAACAUUUGUGCAGGAUCUGUUACAAAAGGGGAGUGGUGAUAAUGCCCAGCUUAUAUUUAGCGUGUGCAGCCGCAUUGUGAAGGCGCAAGAUAUCUCAAUAGCCUCGUUUCUUCUUCCAUUUGCAGUCCUCAACUCCACAGUUGGGGGGAGUGAAGAAGAGAAGAAGCAUAUUCAUAAGGAGCUUUUAACAGUCCUUUCACACCCACUUCCUGAGGAGAAUAAUUAUGAACGCGAAAUGAUCAUUCUCUGUAGUGAUAGCAUUUUUGAAGUCCUAGACUACAUGUCAAGAUGGUUGCAAGGCAAGAAGAAACAACUGAGCAGUUUAAGUUCCCAUACUACUCAAUCCAAUCGCUCCCAUCGGGAAACCCGUACCGAAUUCCUAAUCGACACACAUUCUUGUCAAAUCAAAGCUGUUGAAUCAUUCCUAACUUCCAUACCCCCUGAAGUCAUCUCGAGGAGAGCUGUCGAGUGCAAAUCAUUCUCCAGGGCACUCUUCCAUUGGGAGCAAUAUAUUCGACAAUGCAAGCACCGUCCUGACAUUCAAUCCAACAGUAACCUCGAGCCCUUGUACCAACGUCUUCAAGAUAUUUACAGUCAGAUUGAUGAACCAGAUGGCAUCGAGGGUAUUUCAAAUCAUUUACAAGGCCUCGAUAUUGAACAACAGGUUCUUGAGCAUCGAAAAGCUGGAAGAUGGGCUACUGCCCAAAGUUGGUAUGAGUUACAACUUGAGAGAGAGCCACAAAACCACGAUGCUCAAUAUGAUCUCCUUACCUGCCUCAAUGAAUCAGGCCAGCAUGAUGCGAUACUCACACAUUUCGAAGUUCUGAAAGAAUCCAAUCCGUCAAUAGCCAAGUUCCUGUCGUUUGUCAUUGAAGCGUGUUGGUUCACAGGAAAGUGGGAUAAACUGGGCGAGUACCUUCGUCUUUACUCAACUCAAAAUCCUGGAGAUUUCGGUAUCGGUGUUGGAGCUGCUUUAGAUUGCCUUCGCAAUGGUAACAAGACAGCAUUCCGGGACAAGAUCAACAGUCUGCGAUACAAUGUUGCAAAAUCCCUGACUGUAAACUCAGUCGUAUCCUUACAGUCUUGCCAUGAUUAUGUGCUCAAACUUCACACACUCUCUGAAAUGGAAAGUAUAGCGGAUGCUGGUCACGAUGGUCACCCUUCACACAGAGAUGUUACAAGGACUCUUGAUCGGCGCCUGGAUGUCCUCGGAGGAUAUCUUUCAGAUAAGCAGUAUCUUCUUGGUUUAAGGAGAGCCACGAUGGAGCUUUCAAACAAUUUCGCGGGUUCGGACAUAGCUGCUGCAUGGCUAACUAGUGCUCGGUUAUCUCGAAAAGGCAAUUUCACUGGCCAGGCAUAUCAAUCAAUGCUUCAUGCAGCAAGACUUAAGGACAGCUCAGCGACAAUUGAACAUGCACGACUUCUAUGGAAAGACGGCCAUCAUCGAAAGGCUAUCCGAAUCCUUGAAGGAGCAAUCGCGGCGAAUGAAUUUUCGUCUCCAGCACCUUCAGAUGUAAAUGAAGAGCCAGCAGCAUCCACAACUUCAAAUCGCAUGCAACAUCAAAAUUUGCUUGCCGCUAGGGCACACCUCCUCCUCGCGAAAUGGACUGACAAAGCUGGACAGACGCAAUCAGAUGUCAUAGUCCAGCGGUAUCGAGAGGCAAUUAACCUCCACCUAAGUAGGUGGGAGAAAGCGCAUUACUACUUAGGAAAACACUACAACAAGAUUCUAGAUUCUGAGAAAGUCAAGCCCUUAGGUAAAGAGGCACAAAUAUACCUGAGCGGUGAAGCCUCUAAGCUUGUUAUCUAUAAUUAUUUACGCUCACUGGCACAUGGAAAUAAAUACGUUUUUCAAUCAUUUCCAAAAGUACUAACACUCUGGUUGGAGCAUGCCUCAGUUGUUGCUCAACCUUUUGACCCUAAAAGAGGUGACAAUGAAGAGUUUCAAAGGCAUAGCAUAAAUCAGCGCAAGAAAAGUCUCGAUGAGAUGCACUCGCAAUUGAAGAAAUAUUUGAACAGAAUGCCUGCUGCCCUGCUUUUCACUAUCCUUCCUCAGGUUGUUGCUCGCAUCUGCCAUCCAAACCCGACUGUUUAUGAACUGUUAACGAAAAUUGUGGUCAAAGCAGUCAAUGCUUUCCCACAACAGGGCUUAUGGGCAGUUCUUGCAGUAGUAAAAUCUUCAUCUAAAGAACGAGCAUCUCGAGGUAUGCAGUGUCUGAGAAAAAUCACAGAGGCAAAGAAGAAACUCAAAUCCGAAUCGCUAGCCGAUGUACAAACCAUGGUGAAUCAAGGACAAAGGUUUUCUGAAGAGCUUCUCAAGCUAUGUGUAGCUCGAGUGGAAGGAAAGGUGUCCAAAGUUCACCUUGCACGGAAUCUCGGUUUUAAUCACAAGGUCGUCCCAUGCAGGCUGGUCGUUCCAUUUCAGUCGAUGUUGACUCCCAUUCUGCCGGCAAACCAUGACUCGGAGUAUCUUAAAGGAUUCAGGGCCUUUCCCCGGGAUCCAACGAGCAUUGAAACUGUUCUAGAUGAUGCCCUAGUUCUUAACUCUCUACAAAAACCUCGGAGAAUUAGCAUCAGAGGCUCGGAUGGAAAGAUAUACAACCUUCUCUGCAAGCCCAAAGACGAUCUUCGAAAGGAUCAGCGUCUCAUGGAAUUCAACAAUAUGAUCAAUAGAUUCUUGAAGAGAGACGUGGAGGCAAGCAAAAGACGCUUGUACAUCAAGACCUACGCAGUAACACCUCUCAAUGAAGAGUGUGGCCUCAUUGAAUGGGUAGAUAACCUCAGGACAUUGAGGGACCUCGUGAUCAAGUUGCUUCAUGAAAGAGGCAUUGUACCUGAUUAUAAGGAAAUAAAAAUAUACCUCAAUGAAGCUUGCUCAGAUGUCGCAAAUGCUCCUAUCUUCAAGACGAAAAUAUUAUCAAAGUUGCAACCUGUCUUACACGAAUGGUUUGUUGAGAUGUUUCCAGAGACUGAGGCCUGGUUCACAGCCAGACUCAGAUACACGCGAUCUACUGCUGUCAUGUCGAUGGUGGGCUAUGUUCUGGGAUUGGGGGAUCGUCAUGGCGAGAAUAUAUUGUUUGAAGAAGGAACUGGUGGGGUACUACAUGUUGACUUCAAUUGUCUUUUUGACAAGGGCCUUACCUUUGACAUACCAGAGCUAGUUCCAUUUCGUCUCACCCAUAACAUGGUUGAUGCUUUUGGAGCCUAUGGCUACGAUGGCCCGUUUCGCAGGACUUGUGAGAUUACUUUGAGACUGCUCCGCCAGAACGAAGAUGCCUUGAUGACCAUACUUGAGACAUUCUUACAUGACCCGACAACUGAUUUUAUAGGAAAGAAGCGGCGUACACAAGCGAACGUCCCAGAAACCCCUGCCGGUGUUUUGGAAUCCGUGCGUAGUAAGCUCCGGGGUCUUUUGCCUGGCGAAUCGGUGCCUUUAUCUGUUGAUGGCCAUGUGGAUGAACUUAUCAUGCAGGCUACUGACAUCAGAAACCUAGCAGCUAUGUAUAUCGGUUGGUGUGCAUUCUUCUAG